AUGCCUACCGAAGAAGGAUCGCACACCUUGGCCGACGGGCACAAGCUGUAUACGAAGACAUGGAAGGUGCGAGCACGGAUAGUGAUUCAGCGAGCUGUACUGAUGCAUCCUCUAGACAGAGGGAGCAGCCCGAGCACGACUGGUCUUCAUCCAUGGCUUCUCAGAUUCAACACAUAUGACAACUUCUUCUCGACUUUGGCUUCGAAAGGCAUCGAGGUCUAUACAGGAUGGGGCAAGUCUGUGACACAAAAGUCUGAGCGCGGUCACACUGGAUCGACACAGCAAGUUCUGGACGACAUGACCUCGUUCAUAACAUCCGUGAUUCCGUGUCCGAUCCCGCUGUUCUUGAUGGGACACUCCAUGGGCGGCGGCGAGGUACUCUGCUAUGCCGCCCAAGGACCUAGCGAAGUCCUUCAACAUAUUCGUGGCUACCUUCUGGAGUCGCCAUUUGUCGACUUCGAUCCGAAGUCCAAGCCCUCGUUUGUGACCGUCUUCUUUGGUAGGCUGGCAGGAAAGCUGCUUCCCCACCGCCAGCUCACCAACAAGCUCGAUCCCAAACUCAUCAGCCGCGAUCCUGCCGUGUGCCAGUCUUUCGACGAGGAUGAGCUUUGCCACGACACGGGCACGCUAGAGGGACUCGCUGGGCUGCUUGACAGGACGUCGCAUCUGGCAAACGGCAAGAUCAACAUUCCAGACAAUGCUGGAGAGGGUGGUGUCACCCGGAUAUGGAUCGGCCACGGCGAUGCAGAUGGCAUCACCGCCCACGACGCGUCCAAGCGGCUGGCGGACGCUCUGCAGGUCAAGGACAAGGAGUUCAAGUCGUAUGCUGGAUACUACCAUCGACUUCACGAUGAGCCGAGUCCUGAGAAGGAGGUCUUCAUGGAGGAUGUUGCGAAUUGGAUCUUGGCUCGCUCGACUGAGCCGGUGCAGGCGGGUGAUGGUGCCAAACCCAAGCUCUGAGGCAUCGUAGUAGUAGUCGUAUUUGGUACACGUGGCUGAAGGAAGAUUUGGUGCUAGUGAAGCACGUGCAAAGAAUAGACUUCACCUAGCAUGCUAG